AUGGCGACGUUUCAAGAACCCAAAGUUCCUGAUCUACAUGAAUCGACCAAAAAGCGAUACCUCUGCCUUACUAUCUGUGGUUACCGUAAGCCAGGCAUGGAAGAAGAAGCCUAUCGCAAUCACAUGAUCAACGUGUCUGCACCUCUCACAAAAAAUCUCAUGGUCAAAUACGGUGUCAAAAGAUGGACCCAAAUCCAUAAUCAGCAGGCUACAAAAGCUUUGAUGUCACAGCUUUUUGACCCGCAAAUGUGCAAUAUUGCCGACUUUGACUGCUUUAGUCAGGUGGUUUUUGAAAGCCUCGAAGACUACAAGCGCAUGAAACAAGAUCCGUGGUAUAAGGAGCAUUUGAUAGGUGAUCACGAGAAGUUUGCAGACACUAAAAAGAGCCAGUGA